AGCACCUGAUAGUUGACAAAUCGCUAUGUUGAAUCUCACACAAUCAGGGACGUCUGAGGGAGAUGUCAUCACAGAGUUGUGUGACGAAGAGGAUGAACUGUUUGACUGGCAUUUGCCAGUUGCGUUCAAUGAACUUCGCCAUCGAGAGAAAAUUGAGGGUUCAACCAAAGUUACUCAAACAUGGCGAAUGAAAGAACGAAUGAAGACCGUGAGUGUAGCCUUGGUGCUGUGCUUGAAUGUUGGAGUCGACCCUCCAGAUGUAGUCAAGACAUCACCUUGUGCCCGACUAGAAAGCUGGAUUGACCCUACCACUUCCAGCCCACAGAAAGCUCUGGAGGCCAUUGGCAGUAACCUCCAAAAGCAGUAUGAGAGAUGGCAGCCUCGGGCUCGCUACAAGCAGAGUCUUGACCCCACAGUGGAUGAGGUGAAGAAACUCUGCUCUUCACUGCGACGUAAUGCAAAGGAAGAAAGGGUUCUUUUCCAUUACAAUGGCCAUGGUGUACCAAAGCCAACAAUCAAUGGAGAAAUAUGGGUUUUCAAUAAGAGCUACACACAGUACAUCCCACUCUCAGUUUACGACCUUCAGACAUGGAUGGGGAGUCCGUCUAUCUAUGUAUAUGACUGUUCCAAUGCCGGCAUCAUCGUCGAGUCCUUCAAACAGUUCUCUGUGCAAAGAGAAAAUGAGAUGGAGUCGUCAUCGUCAUUGAGUAGCAGUCAGAGAUUCAACAGCCCAGCACCUUCACCCUCUGCGGUCAAAAACUGUAUACAGCUUGCAGCAUGUGGUUCGGCAGAGUUUCUCCCUAUGAACCCUGAACUCCCAGCUGACCUCUUCACCUCAUGUCUCACCACCCCCAUAAAAAUAGCUCUCAAAUGGUAUGUCCUACAGAACACCAGUAAACUUGUGCCAAACCUUACUGCUGAAAUGGUGGACAAAGUACCGGGCCAGCUGAAUGACAGACGAACCAUGCUUGGAGAACUCAACUGGAUAUUUACUGCUAUCACUGAUACAAUAGCUUGGAAUACACUGCCAAGGGAUCUGUUCCAAAAGCUGUUCCGACAAGAUCUACUGGUGGCAAGUUUGUUUCGUAAUUUUUUACUGGCUGAGAGGAUAAUGCGUUCCUAUAAUUGUACUCCAGUGUCUGGACCAAAAUUACCUCCCACAUACCAACAUCCCAUGUGGCAAGCAUGGGAUUUGGCUUUGGAUUUGUGCCUGAGACAGUUGCCUCGUUUGUUAGAGGACGAAGGCUCAACAUUCCAACACAGCCCUUUCUUCACAGAGCAGCUCACAGCCUUCCAGGUCUGGCUUACAUAUGGCUCCGAGUCCCGUAACCCUCCGGAGCAACUUCCUAUAGUGUUACAGGUCCUCUUGAGUCAAGUACACAGACUGCGGGCUUUGGACCUGCUGGGCCGCUUCUUAGACCUUGGACCCUGGGCAGUUAGUUUGGCGUUAUCUGUUGGUAUCUUCCCAUACGUACUGAAGUUACUUCAGAGCUCUGCUCGAGAAUUACGUCCCUUGUUGGUGUUUAUCUGGGCUAAGAUUUUAUCAGUGGACAGUUCAUGCCAGGCAGAUUUGGUAAAAGAUAAUGGUCAUAAGUACUUCUUGGCUGUACUUGCUGACCCCUAUAUGCCAGCAGAACACAGAACAAUGGCCGCCUUCGUCCUCUCCAUGAUUGUGAAUGACUACAAACAAGGCCAGGAGGCUGCGUUACAAGGAAAUGUAAUAUCUGUGUGUCUGGAACAGUUAGCUGAUACCAACAACUCACUGAGACAAUGGCUGGCCCUGUGUCUCGGCAAGGUUUGGACCAACUUUGACAAUGCACGUUGGUGUGGAGUGAGAGACAGUGCCCAUGAAAAGCUAGCUAAGAUGUUGACCGACUCUACGCCAGAGGUGCGGGCUGCUACUGUGUAUGCUCUAGGGACAUUCAUCAACAACAACUCCUCGGAGCGAAGUGACCAUGCUAACAACAUUGAUCUCGGAGUUGGUAUGACCUUGUCAUCUGUUGGUCAAGAUGGAAACCCUCUUGUCAGAAAGGAACUGGUCGUGGCGUUUGGAUACCUGGUGACCCAGUUUGAGUCACAAUUUGCAACGGUGGCAACGCAACUAAUGGAGGAGGAGAGGCAGAAGGACAAAGCAGUGCCGAUUGUGGCCGCCGAGGCCCCGGGUGGGUGGAAUGUUGUAGCAUCGUCCGGUAAUCCUGAGAACUUUGCAUCUGUCAUGGCCAGUGGAAUGAAGCGUAGUUCCUCGCGUACCAGUGUGAAGAACUUGUUAACCAGCACGUCUUCAGGCUUGCAGCCCUCGCCUGGAAACACCAGCUUUGGCAGUAGUAUUAGUUCUAUGGACAGUACCUCCAGUAUUGAAAGCAUGCCCACAGCUCCAGACGCUCGCAGCAAACGGGCAGGAUCCAACCCAUCUAUCCCAGGUCUCAGUUUCAGCAAUAUUUACAUUAUGGUAUGGAAGACUCUACUACAGCUUGCCAUCGACCCAGUCAACGAGGUCGCAGACAUGGCGAAGUAUAUCGUCAAUACCAUCAAACUCAAGGCUACUACCACCUCAAAACCUUCACAAAUGAUGCCCAACCCGAACAUGACACACUCGGCUCCCGCCAGUCCCUCAAACAGACCUGUCAACACGUCACAAGGAACACCACCACAGAACUACUUGUAUGAUGAAUCAGGACGGCCAGUCACUGGUGGAAUCAAGCGUGACUUUUCAUCACCACGGUUACCAAGCAGUACAUCUAGUCCUUACACAUACUCCACGCAGUUCAGUCGUAAUCGAAAGAUAUUCGAUAAAGGUCCUUCUCAGGUUGAGGAGAAGGAAGAGGAAGCUACCGGUCGGCUGAAGCAGCCAUCAGUGGUCUCCACUGAUUACUUCCCCUGGUGUUGUAAACACUUUGCGCAGCCAUUGAUGCGACUCUCGGACGAGCAGGAUCCAGAGAGUUUCCCGCAUCAUGAACGAGAGUACCACUUCACACGAAAUGCUCAUGUGAGAAAUGAGGCUAAGGAAGAACAAUUGCGUGCAGGGUUCAAUCGACUGGAUGACCAAGUAUUUGUAAAUAGAAAUCAAGGUAUACCUUCUGUGAUAAAGUUCCACCCCUACGAGUCCUUCAUGGCUGUCGCCGACAAGGAAAUGGUCAGUUUCUGGAAUUGGGAACAGGGUACCAAACUGGGCAGUAUAUGUAAUGAAAAUCCAAAACACACCAAGAUCACCUCUGUGGAGUUCCUCAACGCCCAUGACGAUACCUUAAUGCUGACGGGUUCAGAUGAUGGAGCGGUUCGGAUAUGGAGGAACUACCUAGUCAAUGAGGAAUUGGUGUCGGCCUUCCAGGCUCUCUCUGACAUGAUCCCACUCUCUAGAGGCUCUGGACUGGUGAUAGACUGGGAGCAGGAGUCGGGCAUGUUACUGGCAUCAGGGGACGUUAGGACCAUCAAAAUCUGGGACUCCCGGUCAGAAACCAAACUACAGGACAUACCCACAGGCGCAGACAGUUGUGUGACGAGCCUUGCGUCAGAUUCUGUUGGGCGUUCACUCAUCAUAGCUGGUUGUGGGGAUGGUACUGUUCGUCUAUUUGACAGGAGGCUGGGGCCAACAGAAUGUCGAGUGAUGACCCUCAGGGAACACAACCAUAGAGUCCUCAAGGUUCACCUUCAGAAGGGGUCAGAAGGCAAGAUAGUCAGCACAAGCAAUGGUGGUGACGUGAGGUUCUGGGAUCCAAGGUUUACCGAGUCAGUCCGUGUGUUAAAUCUACAACAAGGACUAACUGCUGUUGAUAUGCAUAAAUUAGCUGAUGUUAUAGCAUGUGGGUCUAUGAACCAGUACAUUGGUGUUUAUAACCAGUCAGGGGACAGUCUGAGUACCAUUAAAUACCAUGAGGGCUUCCUCGGACAGAGAAUUGGUGCCAUCAGUUGUCUGGCCUUCCAUCCUUAUAAGGUCAAACUGGCUGCUGGUGGUUCCGACUCAUUCAUCUCUGUAUAUUCCACGUCGAUGAAGCGUAGCUGAUAGUGGCCCCCCCUAGGUACAUCUACAGCUGUGACUUUUUGUGUGUUAUUCAAGGAUGUGAUUUUAUACUUUGUAAACAUAUGGCAGAAGUGUUGUGUGUCUAAUGAUAACCAGCUGUCGCUUUCCAUUUUAUUUUUUAACAGCCAAUAUCCCUUUCUUUAAAUAUUUGUGAUAGUCAAACACAUACAAUGUUUAUCAGAUGAAUUUUUUGGAAAGAGAAAAUUAAAUGAAAAAUUCUUGAGUUUCAAUUUUUUUUAUGCCCUCCUCUUUAAUGAUAAAUAUCCAGACCUAUUUUAACCUCUGUGUUGAAUAUGUAAGAUAAG